CGGUGGCGGCUGAGCGGGGCCGGAGCGGGGCCGGGCGGCCCAUGGGGCCGGGCCUGGCUGCCCAUGGAGCCGCCACGCAGCUGUGGCGAUGGUGCGGAGGACGAGAAGAAGCCGCGGCGGCGGGGCGGCGGCGGCGGUGGCGGUGCGGACGCCGGGCCCUCCCAGCUGCGGCGGCGGAGCAGCGGCGGCGCGGCGGGCGCGGACAGCGCGGCGGGUCCGCAACCCCGCGAACGCGGCGGGUCCGUGAGCCGGCAGCGGCGGGACUCGGUCCGCAAGAACCGCCCGCUCUUCCCCUGGUUUGGCUUGGACAUCGGAGGCACCUUGGUCAAACUGGUUUAUUUUGAACCCAAGGACAUCACGGCCGAAGAGGAAGAGGAAGAAGUGGAAAACCUCAAAAGCAUCCGCAAAUACCUGACCUCCAACGUAGCCUAUGGCUCCACAGGCAUUCGGGAUGUGCACCUGGAGCUCAGGGAGCUCACGCUGUGUGGACGUAAAGGCAAUCUGCACUUUAUACGCUUUCCUACCCAUGACAUGCCUGCUUUUAUCCAAAUGGGAAGCGAAAAGCACUUCUCGAGCCUCCACACCACCUUAUGUGCCACGGGAGGUGGAGCGUACAAAUUUGAGCAGGACUUUCGCACAAUGGGUGACCUUGAGCUGUGCAAGCUGGAUGAGCUGGACUGCCUCGUUAAAGGAGUGCUGUACAUUGACUCUGUGGGCUUCAAUGGACACUCUGAGUGUUACUAUUUUGAGAACCCCACGGAUGCUGAGAGGUGCCAGAAGCUUCCAUUCAACCUGGAGAAUCCCUAUCCUCUCCUCCUGGUGAACAUUGGCUCAGGGGUCAGCAUUUUGGCUGUCUAUUCCAAAGACAACUAUAAACGGGUAACAGGCACCAGCCUUGGAGGGGGAACCUUCUUUGGCCUCUGCUGCCUUCUGACAGGCUGCUCCACCUUUGAGGAGGCCCUGGAGAUGGCAUCCCACGGGGACAGCACCAAGGUGGACAAACUGGUCAGGGACAUCUACGGAGGAGACUACGAGCGCUUCGGGCUGCCAGGCUGGGCUGUGGCAUCCAGCUUUGGAAACAUGAUGAGCAAGGAGAAGAGGGAAUCUGUCAGCAAGGAGGACCUGGCCAGGGCCACUUUAAUCACCAUCACCAACAACAUCGGCUCCAUAGCACGGAUGUGUGCCCUUAACGAGAACAUCAACCGUGUGGUGUUCGUGGGCAACUUCCUUCGGAUCAACACCAUCUCCAUGAGGCUCCUGGCCUAUGCCCUGGACUACUGGUCAAAGGGACAGUUAAAAGCACUUUUCUUGGAACAUGAGGGUUACUUUGGUGCAGUGGGAGCUCUCCUGGGACUGCUGGACUCAGCCUGACUGUGCAGGAUCUGUGUUGGACCUGUGGAUUCAGGGCACUCCCUGGGCCACUGAGCCCCUGGUUUGGGGGUCACUGAGCCCCUGGUUCGUGUCACAGCCCCCACUGAGACUGUUCCACUGUGGGGGCAGCCUGGGGAUGGGUGUCUGGAAGAGUUGGAAUCCAUCUGGGAUUACAGCACAGGUUUGUUCCAGAGGAUGUGAUUGGAAUACACUGGCUGGACCUGGGGGUGUAUGGGAAGGUCUGGGGGGCAUUUCAGUCACAUGGAAUUGCCCUUUUUAGGGGAGUUCUUUUAGUUUUACUCCAUGUUUAAUGACGGUGACAAAGCAGAGCAGGGGUGCUCUGCUCCUUCUGCUGGGAUCCCUCGGAGUGCCAAGUGCCCAGGUCAGUUCUGUGCUCACAAUCACAAUCAGAGGUUCUCCAGGUGCUGGGAAAUGCUCUGGGAAAGGGGAAGAGCAUCAGCACAGCCCUGGUGUGUGUGUAACCAACUCCAUAUGGCCCCACUGGAUCCACACUGGGACACAGCUGUGCUGUCACCAGUUUGUCUGUCCCUGUUCCACAUGUCCUUGUGUCUGUCCCAGGGAUGGAAGGUACAGCACAGCACGGCUCUGUGCCUCAGGGUGAGUCCCAUUGCAGCCUCCAGCCCUCCUGCACCUCCUCAGCACCCUCUGGGGUGGGGUCAGGGGUGUCAGCCUGCCUCCAGCCUUGAGACCUAGAUUUGAGGGUGGAAUAGGGAUAUUUGUUUGUUUGUCUGGGGUUUUCUCUCUGUUACCAAAGAGACACUUCCUUCAGUCACACUUGGAUCUCUGUAAUAUUCCAUGUUACAUUUUCCAUGGCUGCACUCCUGUCAUUUUGGGGGAAUUCUCCCCUUUCCAUGCAUGCUGUACUCCCUCUUUUCCCUGUGCAUGCUGCCACACAGCCUGUGAGCAGGAUACUGCAGAGUGGAGCCCCUGUGGAAGUUGCACCCUGGGGAUGGGGGCUUGGAAUGGAUCCUGCACGCUCAAUAAAUGCUCUCUAAAAGCAACAA